CGUUUUGGUUUGCUGGGAGGCCUGGCUCUGUGGUAGAAAUGGCGUUUUUUCAUGGUGGAGGAAGGUGUGUCGGAGGCUCGGCUCUACGUCACCUGUACGUCAUCGGGCAGGUUGCACAACUUACAAUCACCUGCUGCUGAAUGUCCAUAGUCCAGUCGGUGCGGUACCCGCGCGAGAUAAGCCAAUCUUUUAUAACUCGCGUAUUUUGCUGUGCGCUCACUCGCAUGGAUGGUUCCAAAGCUACAACAACUCUGACCGAUCUAACAUUCUCACAUCUCUAGGUACCAAUCAGAAGAUGCCAUCGAUCGUUCGGAUCAACAGACUCAUCGGUUGAAUAGGCAAGCGACAAUCCCUACGGACUACUCGAGAAAGUAAGAGUGAUUACUACCUCUAAACUAUUUAGUGAACAUUUCGUGUAUAAACUCAACAAAGUGUGCAAGUACAAGAGGUGCAAGAUGCUUAGGCUCACGUUGAUAGUUUUGAUCACAAGCCUGACAAAGUUUGAGGUGCUUGCGGAUUCACGGCCUCCUUGCUUCAGCAACAUCUACUGCCAUGGCAAGCUUCUGCAUACCGUACAAAUGAACAAGAUCUACGAAGACUCCAAAACGUUCGUCGACAUGAAAAUGCGCGAAAAUGCAACAACAACGCUUCGACGCUUCGAGGAUUUCAUGAGCGCCCACAAUAACCAACCAGAAAGGGAAGAUGUCAUCAAGUUUGUGGAUAUGGCAUUCGAACCCGCUGGCAGUGAGUUUGAGGAUUGGGUUCCGAAUGAUUGGAAUCCGUCACCUUCUUACAUAAAGAACAUCAAAGAUGAAGAAUAUAAGAUUUUCGCAAACGAUUUAAAUGAGAUCUGGAAGGAUCUUGGGCGCAAAAUGAAAGACGAGAUUAAGGACGAAGAGCAUUUAUAUAGCAUUAUAUGGGUCCCAAAUCCGGUCAUCGUUCCGGGCGGUAGGUUCCGCGAAUUCUACUACUGGGACUCUUAUUGGAUCGUUCAAGGACUUCUGCAUUCGGAAAUGUACGAAACCGUAAGAGGUAUGUUAAGCAACUUCGCAUUCAUCGUAGACAAAUAUGAUCACAUUCCGAAUGGCGGGCGGAUCUACUACCUGGAGCGCUCGCAACCACCACUUUUUAUUCCCAUGGCUAAACUCUAUCAAGACAAGACAAACGAUAUUGAAUUCAUCAAAAGUCACAUCGAUUCCUUCGAUAGAGAAUUUGAGUAUUGGAUGAAGAACCAUUUAAGAGUGGUCGAAAAAGACGGUAAGAAUUACUCGCUGCUUACGUAUGGGGACAAAUCACAAGGACCGCGACCGGAAUCCUAUUCCGAAGACGUCGACAGUGCCCGAUACUUCAAAGAUGAUGCACAAAAAGAGGAAUAUUACUCGGAGCUUAAGGCGGCCGCUGAAUCCGGUUGGGACUUCUCAAGUCGUUGGUUCAUUGUGAACGGCACCAAUAAAGGUAAUUUAACGAACAUCAAAACGCGAUCAAUAUUGCCUGUUGACUUGAACGCAAUGUUCUAUUGGAACGCCGUCAUUCUAUCAGAAUGGCAUUCAUCAUUCGGAAACACUCAGAAGUCUUAUUACUACAAAGAUAUCGCGGAUAGGUGGCUUCAAGCUGUUGAAGCGAUACUCUGGCACGAGGUCGACGGUAUCUGGUUAGACUAUGACUUGGAGAAUAAUAUUCCCAGGGAACAUUUCUACCCCUCAAACUUAUCACCUCUCUGGACUGGCUGCUAUAAUAAAUCAAAUACCGAUAGGAUUGUACGAUUGGUGCUGAAAUAUUUGGACAACAAGAAUGUUGUAGCAUCUGGAGGAGUGCCUACCUCUAGAGAGCAUACCGGAGAACAAUGGGAUUAUCCGAAUGCCUGGCCUCCUCUACAACAUAUGAUUAUUGUAGGACUCAGCAAUACCGGAAAUAAGGCUGCAAGUCGUUUGGCCUACGAAUUGGCAGAUCGAUGGGUCCGCUCCAACUACAAGGCCUACGCAGAGACCGAAGCUAUGUUCGAAAAAUACGACGCAACUGUAUUAGGAGGCCAUGGAGGUGGCGGCGAAUACGAAGUCCAAUUAGGCUUCGGAUGGUCGAAUGGCGUAAUAAUGGACCUGCUCUACAGAUAUGGAAACGAGUUAAGCUACAGCGAGCUAUAUACUUUGGAAGAUAUUAGCGAGGUGGCUGAGCCCAUGGAGGGAGCAGCAACAGGAGCAAAGACGAUAGGUCAGAUCAUGACAGGCUUUGUUGCGCUGGCAGUAACAAUAGCCGCUGGUUACAUAGGAGUUUCGAUCUACAGACGGCGUAGCCAUCAAUCGCCGACGAAAGAUCCGAAAUCGCGGCCACCACGUUCCAAAUACACCGAGCUGAAGAAUAUACCCAGACGGACCAGAAAUCACAGAUAAGUGGCUUUCGGACGAGCAACCGUGAUAAUUCAUCCAUGACUUAGUUUUAAUUUAUCAAUGACUACUUCCUUUAUCGGUUAUGCAUACUUUUUUCUCUUAAACAAAACAAAGACAAAAAUAUAGCUUCCUAGCGAUCGAUCCUCCGACAUAUGACAAGAUAUCUAAGUCAGUUAAUAUAUUAUUAUUUUGUUUCAUCUGCUGGCAUCGUUGAUUGGAAAAUUCGUUGAAUUCGGUAAAUUUCCAUCACUGUAUUUUUCAACAGACAACCUGCUAACUUUAUUUAUAUAACGCUAUUGCAAGAAGAUGGAGAAGAAGCUACCGCUGCGAAUAUUGUUUGGCUGCUCUCUAAGCAGUGAGGAUUAAGUCAAGUAGCCAAUUUGUUAAUGAUAUGUUAAGAAAUAGGAUUUUUUUGUAGACCCUUAAAUAUAUUUAUUUUUAAGCGUAGUUGUACACUAGUCACGUUGCAGCAAGUGCCAUCAUAUUUAUUGAAACCAACAGAUGAAAAGACGAAAACACGACUGAAUUAAAUGAUUAUAUCCGUAUCCAUAAAGGAAUAGGUUUUAUCAUCGACUUUUAGUUUAUUAUAUAUUUCUUAUGAUGAUUAUAAUUCUAAUUAUACUGACUGACAAUAAAUGCUGUAAGAAUGUGUACGUGUAGAAAGUUUCGUUUCUUUUUGUAUCCACUAUCUUUGCACCUAGAUCCAGUUUAUUUACAAGUACAAGUAAAUGUCAACUAUAUGUGCAUACGCUACUUUCAUUAAAGGUUACUAUCACGUAUCGACUUCUAACAAAUAUGCGAAUGUUAAUCUGAUCCUUUCCCAGAUACCUCUAUUCGUCUCCACAAAUUUGUAACAAAACCUCAACCGCAUUU